AUGCCGCAGGUCGAUCUCGAAGCCUUGGUUGCAGUUUGUAGAGUCGGGAGCAGCGGCCGCAAGAUUGCAUGCGAACCACUUGAUGAAACUGAUCACAACCAUGUCGAAAAGCUACCCGACUCAAUUCUGUUGUCCAGAAACGCGGAGUUCGAUUGGCUAGACCGUAACGCUGUGCUGGAGCGCAAAGAUUCUGCUAAACGUAAUGCAGCUAUUCGUAAUAACUCCAAGUCAAGCUCGCAGAGGUUCGCGAAGAAGCCUAAAGCUGUGAUCAUAGGAUUGCCGAAGACUCAGAAGAAUAAUCAGUUUGAUAUGCGGAGAAGUAAAGUGACUAAUGUUAGAUUGUUUCCUCCGAAGAGGUCUGAGUCGAUUGAGAAGGCGAGGGCGCAGAUGAAGGAGCCGUCGUCGCCUAAGGUGUCUUGUGUAGGCAGAGUUAGAUCCAAGAGAAGUCGACGUCGUAGGCCAGAGGCAGAGGAGAAGGCAAAGCAGGGGAAGAAAAAGGGCUUUUGCGCGAAUUUGUUGGCGUUGUUUGGGCUAAACAGGGGUGAUCGGUCAGUUAUUAAGGCUGAUGGAUUGUCGGGGACAUGCAAGAAGAAGGCAAGAGAAAACAAGGAGAGUGUAGGGCGGAAUGAGGUGGUGAUGGCGCCUGGUUUGGGAGGAAUGGCGCGAUUUUCAUCUGGCAGGAGGUCUUAUGAGAUGGAUCAAGGCGAUGGAGCAAGACUGUCCGGUGAUUCAGGACGAAGCAUGGAACUUAAAAGGUGUGGAUCAACAAGGCGGAAUUGA